UUCAAUGCACCAUUUCAUCAUGUGGCAACCAUUGCAAUAUCUCUACCGCAUUGUCAAGCUGUUGAAUACAUAUAAUGGGAUCUAUUAAAAUAACUAUGUGAUUUUUGGGAUUGCUUUAUUUAAUAUAAAUAUUUUGCAUGCAACCUAUGAAAAUGACCAGACCACUUCUUUCUGUUUUACUAAAACCUUUUCUGUUUUCUUCUUAGGAUUUCCCAGGUGAACACAUGUCCGCUCCAGAUGAAAAUGUGUCUACUGAGGUUGCAGGCAUGCCCUAUUCUCGGGACAUGCAGUUUGAAGCGGCGAGAUAUUUUGGAAACUUUGAUUCAGAAAACCAAGCUGCUCAUCAGACUCCAAAAGAACCAUCAUACAAAGCCUUUUAUGGGAGCUGCAAUCCUGGCCGAAUGAUUGGACUAGGGGGUUCACCAUAUAAACUGGCCAGGCCAUCCUCAUCUAAAAGUUUCUAUACUGAUAGCUUCUCUGAUGCCACUAGAUUCAACCAGCUGAAUCUUCAGAAACAAAUAGGUGCUGAUGGAAACACCAAAUCCAGGUCAGAACUGAGCAGAGAUACCAUUGGAGGUUUAUCAGGUAAAGGGAGUCCACUAGCCAAAUCAGAAAAGCAGCUUGAGCAAUACAUGGUGAAGGCACUUUCUGCUCAGCCAUACCACCCUGUGUUUCCUGUGUCUCAAGGUGUUAGUUCCUGCACUUCAUCUUCCCAACAUGCUGUCAGUUCAUCAGGAGAAGUCAAAUAUAUUGGAAAUUCUGGUCAAGAAAUGCAAGUUGCUUGUCAAUUUGCAAAAGAAUCAUCACAUAGAGCCUUAUAUGGAAGCAAAAACCCUUAUGAAUCGACUAGACUCAGUGAUCCCUAUGAUAAAAUCAUGUCCCCAUCUUCAUUUAAAGGAGCGAAUACUGGUAGCAUCACUAGCACUUUGUCAAGGAUGAACUUGCCAGACACCAGUGCUGAAGAAAACACCAAUUCCAACCAACUGAAGCUUCAGAAACAAAUAGUUGGUCAUCAAGGGUUUGAAUCAGGCUCAGGACUAAACAGAGAUGAUGUUGGAUAUUUAACUGCAACAGGAGAUCCACAAAAUGUGCAGGUUGGGCAAAACAUGGUAAAGGCUCUUUCUGCUGAGCCCUACCAUCCUAUGUUUUCUGUCACACAUGGUACUAGUGCCAGGUCAUCUUCACAACACCCAAAUGUGGCAAGACAGUUGCUAGAACAUCCUAAAUUCCAGCCAAGGAUACAUCGCACCCAUCCUUCAGUGCAACCAACAAUCAAAGCUGCAUCCACCUCAAUGACACCCCAUUUUAAAGAGCCUUGUUACCAAGACAAUUCCAGUCUGACAGACAGUUCUUCUACUGCUCAGGGAAUGGACAAUGUUUGGGAUAGCAACCCAGGUAUGUCCCUGCUUCGCCGCACAGCUGUUUCCACCAGGGAUGUAGAGAGCAAUUCUUCCAGCCUGGGUGAUAGGGUGCAUGCUGAUGAUUUGGAAAUACACUCCACUUUGGGUCAUCAAACUGUAGCAAACAGCAUGCAGACUCAGUAUGCUCCUCAGGCUGUAAGGCAAUCAUCACAGCAGUCCCUGAAUGUUGAUGUUAGAGAAACAUAUUCAGCUUUUGGUCAUCUGUCUGCAGCUAACAAUAUACAAAGGCAAUUUGCUCAUCAGGUUACAAGACAACCAUCACAGAGGCCCCUAUAUGAAAGCAGCAAUAGAAGCCUACUGACUGGACCUGAUAGUGAUUCACAGAUGGAACUGUUCAGGCCAUCCUCGUCGCACAGAAUUAUUACUAAUGUCAUCUCUGGUGAAUUGCCAAGGAUCAACUUGCAGAAUGAGACGAUGAUGGGAAAAGCUAAUUUCAACCAGCAAAAUCUUCAGAGACAAAUUGCUCGCCAUGAAAACACUGUACCUCGCUCUUUUGGUACGUACCCAGAGUUCCCAAUAACUUCUUUUUUGUGCCAGCAAAGCUCUGAAUCCUCACAACUAAAUAGUGCUUCUGCCAAAUGUUCACCAGGUUCUGGGAGUUCAUCAACCAGAGUAGGACAACAGGCUGAGCAAUCUACCAUGAUGGGUACUCGUCCUUCCAAUACAGUAUCAGGAGGUGCUGGUCCUCUUCUAGGAAGUCCUCUUUCUUCCAUGUCUGGAGGUUCUAGUUCUGGUGGUAAUCCUAACCAUCAGGGCACUGUUUCUUCUCCAGUAUACCAACCAGGUCGAUACAAUACUAGUUCCACCUUGCCACUAAGAAUGAAAGCACAUGCAAGGGAGGCCUAUGCUACAUCUUCUGAUUCUCUACCUCGAGCCACAAGGCGAAACCACCAAUUAAACUUAGAUUCUGCAGAACAGAGAUCUCAAUGUGUUCAAGAAAGGGGCCUGGAUGAAACUAUAGAGUCAAACAUGUUGACUGCUCAGCAGCAGUUUCAGAGGCAGCUUCAUCGGCAACUUCAAAGGCAACUUCAGAGGCAACUCCAAAGGCAGCUUCAGAGGCAUCAUGAGGGAGCAGUUGCAUCUAAAAUGGAUUCAUUUUAUGGCAAUGAUGAGACUUCUGUCAGGAGGGGCCCAGCUGAGCAAUUUCUCAAAAUAGCAAAGGAUCAUGAAGCAUUCUUCCUUUCAUUUUAUCAUCCUGCUCGUAUUCCAGCCCAUGUCAUGAAUAUGUUGGAUCAAUGCUUUGGUAUUGAUAAGGAAAAAGAGAUGCCACGUCCAGAGAGUAAUCCAACACCUGGUUUUGGUUCACCUAAGCUUGCUCAUAAGAAUGAUACUUCAGGUUUUGAACGAUCUGAUCUGGAUCUCUCUCACACACAUGAUUCCAAAAGGUUAGACAAUAAGGAGCUCAAUGCCCUGCUAUUACACGGGAAGUUCAGCAGCUUGAACAAAGGGAACUAUCGGCUUUUUCACAUAGAAGGCCAUGUGCUUCAAUGCAGCAUUGAUCAGUGUGGGAGCCGCUUUAUACAGCAGAAGCUUCCAACAGCAACACCUGAAGAGAAACUCAUGGUCUUUAAAGAAAUCAUGCCUCAUUUUAUUGAACUGGUGACUGAUGUCUUUGGAAAUUAUGUUCUGCAAAAGAUGAUUGAGCAUGGAGCCGCACCUCAAAGAAGGGAAAUUAUAGGAUGCCUUUUUGGAAGUGUUUUGAGCUUAAGCUGUCAACUAUAUGGGUGUCGAGUAGUCCAGAGGGCUGUAGAACUUGGUGAUCUAGAUCAGAAGAUACAGAUUGCCAAGGAGCUCAAUAGUAAUCUCAUGAAAUGUAUACAUGACCCAAAUGCAAACCAUGUUGUCCAGAAAUGUAUUGAGCACAUGCCACCACGAUUCAUACAGUUCUUUGUGGAGAGCAUGUAUGGGCAUGUCGUGGAGUUAUCAGUCCAUCCAUAUGGAUGCCGUGUCAUCCAGAGAGUUCUGGAGUACUUUGAUAAUCCCACAGUCCAGGAGAUCUUUCUAGAAGAGAUUAUGGGGGAUGUUUACUAUAUGGCAAAAGACCAAUACGCUAACUAUGUUGUGCAGAACAUUUUGCAGCACGGGAAAGCCCUUGUGCGAUCUGCAAUUAUAAAUAAAUUUGUUGGGAGAGUUGUGGCCAUGAGCAAGCAAAAAUUUGCCUCAAAUGUCAUUGAAAAGUGCUUAAUCUUCGGUAGCUAUGAUGAAAAGCAGAAGAUUAUUAAUGAGGUCAUUGGCACAACUGACCUCAUCACAAGUGGUGAAACUGAGGCUCUUAUGGUUAUGGUGAAUGACCAAUAUGCUAACUACGUUGUACAGAAGGUGAUUGAGACCUGUGAUGAGUGGCAGCGCAAGCUAAUAGUCAGGCGACUGAAGGUGCACCACAUCCAGCUUCUCAACUGCACUUAUGCAAAGCAUGUCGUGGCGCGCCUGGAGAGGCUCAUUGAAAUUGGGGAGCGUAAAACAACGAAUCCCAGGCGCUCCAGGCGACAUGGAAAGGAUCCUGUGGUACCACAGCAACCCGGAAAUGAGCUUGAGUAAAUCAGCUGAAGGGAUUAUGACCUCUGUUCACUGCUGCUUCCGUCUGCAGCUUACUGAAUCAUACAUACUACUUUGGUAAAUUCGACAAUCAAUCAAGAUUGCUAAGGCCACAAACUAGCCAUGAACUUCCUGUAAUGUUGGUGAAUAAUGGACGCAAAGAUCGUACGAACAAUUGGAUGCCUGUGAUUUCACAUGAACUCUGCAACUACAGAGUUCUUCUACACUAUGCCUGUCAAAGACGUGUCAAUGACCCCAUGUUUAAUCUGUUGUACUACUUCCAGGUUUGGGACUUCUCGAGGUGUUUAUGGAUUCAGCUAAUUGCAUGUUUGUUUAGCGUAUUAUGGAGCUCUGCUUAUAUCUAAGAACUUUACCAUUGACACAUCAAAGAACAAAAUUUUCAACCAAAAUUCCUUUUGUAAGCUGCACAACUCCUGAGAAGAGGAUUUAGCUAUGCUGCUUUUAUGCCUAAC